UUCAAACCCUUCUCCAACACGGCCAUUAGAGGCGAGCUCCCCCUUUCCCCCCUCCUGCUCUCGCUUUCCUCGUCUUUUUUUCUUUUCACUCUCAGAUCCGACUAAUCAAUCGGAUUGAUUCGCAAUGGCAUCCAUCGCCGACGGUACCAGAUCCGCCUCCAAUACCAAUGUCGAGGGCACUGCCCCGACGGAGAAGCGCCGGACGGCCUUAAUUACCGGCAUUACUGGCCAGGAUGGUUCCUAUCUGACUGAGUUCCUUCUCGACAAGGGCUACGAAGUCCAUGGAUUGAUCCGGCGAUCUUCCAACUUUAAUACUCAGAGAAUCAACCACAUCUAUAUCGAUCCUCACAAUGUUCACAAGGCGCGAAUGAAGCUUCACUACGCUGACCUCACUGACGCCUCCUCUCUUCGCCGAUGGCUCGAUACUAUCCUUCCCGAUGAGGUCUAUAACCUCGCUGCUCAAUCGCACGUUGCUGUUUCUUUUGAAAUUCCGGAUUAUACCGCUGACGUUGUCGCCACUGGUGCCCUCCGUUUGCUUGAGGCGGUUCGAUCUCAUAUCGCUGCCACUGGCCGGAGUCACAUUCGAUACUAUCAAGCGGGAUCGUCUGAAAUGUUCGGGUCCACGCCGCCGCCUCAGUUGGAGACGACUCCAUUUCAUCCUCGAUCUCCCUACGCCGCAGCGAAAUGCGCUGCGCAUUGGUAUACGGUGAAUUACCGUGAGGCGUACGGGAUCUUCGCUUGCAAUGGGAUACUAUUCAACCACGAAUCGCCGCGGAGGGGAGAGAAUUUUGUGACGAGAAAGAUCACACGAGCUGUUGGGCGCAUCAAGAUUGGGCUUCAGAGCAAGUUGUUCUUAGGGAAUCUGCAGGCUUCAAGGGAUUGGGGUUUUGCAGGGGAUUACGUGGAAGCCAUGUGGAUGAUGCUGCAGCAAGACCAACCCGACGAUUAUGUGGUUGCAACGGAGGAAUCACACACGGUGGAGGAGUUCUUGGAGGUGGCAUUUGGGUACGUCGGAUUGAAUUGGAAGGACCAUGUAGUGAUCGACAAGAGAUACUUCCGGCCGACGGAGGUCGACAAUCUGAAAGGGGAUGCAAGCAAGGCAAAGAAGGUGUUGGGAUGGAAACCAAAGGUCGGAUUUGAGAAGCUGGUGAAGAUGAUGGUGGAUGAAGACGUUGAAAUGGCCAAGCGAGAGAAGGUUUUGGUCGAUGCUGGCUACAUGGAUGCGCAGCAGCAACCUUAAUCAGAGCAGAUCAGAUAGAGCCGACCCCAACUACUGUAUGCUGCAAUUUUCCCGAUCGCAAUGUGCUUCAAAUCCCAAUCCUUCUCGAAUAGAGAAAUAUAGUUUCGUUUGAUUUGCAGAAUUCAAAAUCUGUUUUCUUUUGUGUUAUUUAUGCUAUUUCAUGUUCUUUCACGAUCAGUUAUUGUUCUAAACUCAACAUUUGUUUACCAAAAAUAUUAUUAAUGAACACACUUCACUAGCUAUGUUUUCUUC